GUGGCGAGUUCCUGUGCUCCCUCCGUGCCAACGGUGUCCAUGUUCUCCAAUGAGUGUGCGGCCUCAGGGAACAAAGAGUCCGAGGAGAUUGUGCAGUUGCAGGCGCAGCUGUCAGCUGCUGUCGCUCGCGUGGCCGAGUUGGAAGCGCAAGCUGCACAAGACCAGUCAUUGGUUGUGGAGGAGCAACCCAACGGGAGCAAAGACAUGAAAGAGAUUACGCAAUUGCAGGCACAACUGGCAGCUAGUCAUGCUCGUGUGGCAGAACUGGAAGCACAGGCUUCUCAAGAGGAGCACAAGACCUCAGAGAGCAAAGGGUAUGAGGAAUUUUUGCAGUUGGAGGCGCAGCUGUCAGCUGCUCACACUCGCGUGGCCGAGUUGGAAGCACAAUCUGCACAAGACAAACCUGUGGUGCUGGAGGAGCAACCCAACGGGAGCAAAGACAUGAAAGAGAUUACGCCACUGGCCAAAGGGGCUGAGCAUGUUUUCUGCAUUCUUUCCGUUGUUUUCUUGACGCGGGUGAUGGUGCACUCUUCAUUGUCUUGCAUUGCUUCUAGCAAAAUAAAACUCUUCAUCGACCUGAGGCAAUUGCAGGCACAACUGGCAGCUAGUCAUGCUCGUGUGGCAGAACUGGAAGCACAGGCUUCCCAAGAGGAGCACAAGACCUCAGAGAGCAAAGGGUAUGAGGAAUUUUUGCAGUUGGAGGCGCAGCUGUCAGCUGCUCACACUCGCGUGGCCGAGUUGGAAGCACAAUCUGCACAAACCCUGGAGGAACAGCCCAACACGAGCAAAGACAUGAACGAGAUUACGCAAUUGCAGGCACAACUGGCUGCUGCUCAUGCUCGUGUGGCUGAACUGGAAGCGCAGGCUGCUCAAGAUGAACCUUUGGGCUCCGAGGAGGGGUCGCCCCGUGCAACCAGCGAGGAGUUGGAGGAAAUCAUACUGCAAUUGCAGGCACAGCUGUCAGCUGCUCAUGCACGGGUCGAGCAGCUGGAAGCGCAAGCCAACCAAGGUCAACCUUGUCCUUUCCAGGAGCGGAACAAAGCGGUCAGCGAAGACUCGGAUGACCUUAUGCAAUUGCAGACAAAGCUGUCAGCCGCUAACACUCGCGUAGCCGAGUUGGAAGCGCAAGCUGCCCAAGACAACCCUUUGGCCCUUGAGGCUCGCGUUGUUGAGCUGGAGCACGAGCUGCACGAACUUCGUUCUCGGACAAAUGCUGAGCCUCCGCAGGAGAUACAGCCUUCGUUUGACCUUGCCAAGCCCAAAGGAGAGGAUGGAGGUGAUGACGGCUGGGAUGAUUUCAACUUCGGUGAUGUGCAGGUAAAGCCUUCGCUUGACCUUUCCAAGCCCAAAGGAGAGGAUGGAGGUGAUGACGGCUGGGAUGAUUUCAACUUCGGUGAUGUGCAGGCACCAGCGAGUUCCUCUGCUCCGUCUGUGCCGGAAGUGUCCAUGAUCUCCACUGAGCGUGCGGCCUCAGAAAGCAAAGAGUCUGAGGAGAUUAUGCAGUUGCAGGCGAAGCUGUCAGCUGCUCACACUCGCGUGGCCGAGUUGGAAGCGCAAGCUGCACAAGACCAAUCAUUGGUUGUGGAGGAGCAGCCCAGCGGGAGCAAAGAGUUGGAGGAGAUCCUGC